ACAUGAAACCAUGCUAUUUGAAAAGGUCUCUGAUCCUAUCCUCCAUUUAGCAACUGGCAGAUUGUUCAGCAUCUUCCUUUUAAAUCAUGUAUAGAAAUAUUAGAAGGGUUGUGGUGGUUUUUUCCAUAUAAAUAUGAAGUUUGAAAGAAAGGCCUCCAUUGUGCCAGUGCUUUCAUAAGCCAGAUGCACGAUAGAUGUAGAUUAUAUAUAAUAAUGUAUUAUCUUGGUAUGGUUUCUUGUGAAUCUUUAAGCCAAGAAAAAUAAUAGGAAUAUGUUGAAAACAGAGGGAGCAUGGAGUAUUUCAGUGACAGCAUCCCAGGAAAGCCUUGUUUUACAAAAGGGAUUUUGCAGCUCUGGCAGGCUAGUUCCUCGCUAUGUUAUGGGGUCAGUUAUGGUUAGUUCAGCUCGUCCAACUUUCUACUUUUCUGUGAAAUUACCAGUGUGUCAAUUGGCAAAUAGGUAUUUUUCGGGAAAUCUGAUGCUGACUUUUCUACCUUGAUGCCUUUUUUCACUGUGUUCUCUCAAAAAUUUGGUUUUAGGACAGCUUGCAGGAUGAGGAUGUUUGUUGUUUUGGCAGCUGUCAUUAAUGUAGAAUGCAUUUGGCACCAAAUAGUAUGCAAUUGGUUUUGAGAUUGUCCUUGCUUACAGUAAGAAAUAAUUGAAUUUUCACAUAUUGAUGGAUGUUUAUAGUCUCUUUUAAGUGUUUCUCUGUGAAGAGUACAUAGAAGUUAUGAGUACAUAGCUUCAUAGUUGAAUCAUGUUCUUUUUGACGGUGAAGGGAAGGUUGUUCCUGAAUUUAGGUUUCAGUCUAAAGCUGAAAAAUAAAAGUCUUGGGGAUUUUCUAGCUCUCUGUUGGUCCUUUAGCUAUAGAUAAUUCAGCAUAUGCAGAAUUUCUGGUUUUAGAUUUUGAAUACUUUAUAAUAAUAUUUUAACACCAAAACUUGCAAAAAUGUACAAUUUAGAAAGUUUAGCUUAGUUAAAGUCAGAAAUCAGUGAGUCUGUUCAUAUUCACACUCUUGAGAGAUUGAGGAAGCUAAGGGAUGGAAGUGCAUUUCUUUUUUCUUCCCACCCUGUGCCCCAAACCUUUUGGGAUUUAUAAAGAUGGAUGUUUAAGUCAUAUGUGUCUAAAUCUAUGAUACUUUUUUUAUGUGUGUGUGAGUGAAUUCAUUCUUUAUAAAGUGCAGAGUUUCUGCAGUGAAAAAUAGUGUUUUAUUUUUAGAAAAUCUAUGGCUACAAAUUCAUUUCCUUAGCAACUUUCCAUCAAACAAACAGCCUGCUCUUCCUCCUUCCCAACCAAAACAAACCUAAACUGGCUUAUUAAUUUAGGCAGUUUUCCCAUGAAAGAUGGGUUCCACAUCUCUGCCACAAGCAUUUGUAAUUCUGCCAGGUCCCUGAAAAAAGUAUUCUUGCAUAAAGAAUUAAAGGGCAUUCUUUAAAAAAUACCAUAAUUUUGCAGUGAUAAAGUUGGUGAUAUUUUUCCUCUGCAGUUGUUAUAUUUCAAUUUAACAGAGUAAAAAUUUCUGUCUCUUGUGCUCUGUCAUACAUGUUUAUUCAUUUUAUUUGAUUGUCUCUGUGAAUUGCACAGCAUAAUAAAUUGGUGUGUGUAUUUACACUGGGCAUAGCUAUCCCACCAGGAGAGGCAAAGGAGACAAAACUGACACGGAGCUUUAGGUUUCAGCACAAUGCAAAACAAAAAUAUUGCUGGUUUGAGCAAGUUUUUACACCUAAACUCAAUUUAAUGCUUCUCCGAAAUAUAGCCCUUUGUAGCACAGGAUGGUGCCAGCUGUGCUAUAGUGUAAGUUUAUAAAGUUUAUAUGGCUUAGCAUGAUCAAAUCCUGCACAAACAGAGCAGUGAAAGAAGUUGCUAAGUAUCCUGCAGGAAGGAAGUAUCAAAUUUACUGAUAGUCGUGAUGACUGUAGCCAUGGACAGUUCAGCCAAAUCAUUUCAGCCAAGAGCUGACAAAUGAGAAGUUAAAUCUUUGUUCUCUGUUUUAAAAGGAAACAGGAUUGACAAAACUUGUGAGUAAUCUUCCCUUUUCCAUCCGUUUCUAUAUACCUGUUAGAAUAGAUAAUUUUUCUGGCUCCUGUUUUCCAAUAUGCUGAAAUCCACCAAACUGCCCUUGCUAUAGCACAGUGUAUUUCAUGUGUUCUGUUGACAUUGAUGACUCUAUUGCAAAAGUACAGUAGUGAAUAUAAACAGAUCUAUGUUAAUUUUAAGGUCUGCAGAAACACAUGACAAAGGAAUCAAUUCUGAAGAGGAAAAAGACAGCUAUUGUAACAUCAGAAAUUUUAUUUUUGGCAUUUGACGGGACACUCUUUGGGUUUACUUUUUCAAAUCAGAAGCUAAUGCACGCAUCCUGUCUUCCUUUGUUUCGAAUGCAUCACCUUCCAAUCAUUACAGCAGUGUCCUUUCCCUCAUGAAGGACAACUCCAUAUCUGAAAGGGCUUGUAAGCGUUGUGUAUUCAAUAAAGCAGAGAACUGGGACCCAAAGUGUGAUUGCUGCCUCUUUAGGCAGUUAAAGAAUUUCUGGGUCUGAGCUGUCUGGGUCCAAGAGGUUUUAAGCUUUAAGUGCUAAAUCAGUACAUUACUUAUAGAAUGAUUCAAAUUUGAUUUCACCUGCUUUCAGCCAAAACAGAAUAUUACAAUGUAGUCUGCCUAAAAAUAAGUCAUAACACCUCCCUGAGUAACUUCCUCAUCAUGUCUGUGGCUUCCGUUUAAACUAUGUCAUCUUGCUCAGAAAUGUAAAGUCUCAGCUCAAAAACUGGUGUUGAGGAAUCUUGCAAAUCAAGUAUUCCAGCAGCCUCUUAGUUUUCACUUAGGAAAUGUGUAUUAUGUUUUUUUUAGUCUGAAUAAAAUGAUACUGUUUUCUGCAUUGCUGUAAUUCUCUUAAAUAGCUGUGUUUCGAAAAUUGGAUGUACUUGUUUGGAGGGGGAUAAAGAAGUCUCCAGAGUUGUGUCUCUUACUGUACUGAAGUUCUGCUAUGUUUUUUGGGGAGUUGAUUUAACAUCCCUCCAGUCAGCAAUUCCUGAGUUGGUUUUGUGCCUUUCAUCAGUGGGGAUAGUUAAACACAGUCUUGAUUCUGUUUUUCUGAGAUUCUGCUUUCAGGCUUAUUUUAUGAUGCAUUCCUUAUAGUAAUUUUCAAGUAGUAAAUGUAAUUGGUAUAGCAAAGCAGAAUACCACAGUUUGAUAUAAAGUUAUUUAACUUUCAGGAGAAGUUCUUUAAAGAUGUUGCAUUUUCACAUUGUUUGAAAUUUACACAAGCUUUUCUUUGUUAGGUUGAAUGUGUGAGCUGCUUGUCUGCUCAAGCUCCUUCAUGCGUUUCCAGGGCAUUUCCACACAAAUACGCUUAAUCAGCUUUUAGAGGAAGCCUGUUCUGUAACAGGAAUUCCCAAGUGAGCUUCAAUUUUUAAAUGAAAAGGAGAAGAAGCUUUGAAAAAUUUAUCAGGUCUUUGAAAUGGGAAGAGAGGAUCUCAGGUGGAAUACUUCAGGAAAAGUUCCUGUCUUUUUUCCAUGCUGGUUUACAUCUCUGGUUUAGACUGAACUGUAUUUCAAGGAGAUUCAAUAGGUUACUAUUAGCUAUGUCCUCUCUUCCAGUACUUCCAGGCUUUUGGAAAUCCCCAUUAGCUUUUUCUUCUUACAUGGAUGCAGGGAGAUACUGGAUGGAUGACAGUAAAAAAGAUGAGUAUCUGAAUCAUGAGUUGUGAGAGAAAGCACACAGCUUGCCUUCCCAAUUGCCAAUUUUAAACUCUGUGUUAAUUUAGAUAAUAAUUUGAGGGUCUUGAUUUUUUAAAUUUUAUUUAAUUUUAAUUUUAUUUUUCUUCUGUAGUACCUGAAAAACACAGUAAGGGUUAGCUUGUCAGGAUGAUUUGUUUUAAGAACUGAGGGAAUAGGUGAGAAAAGCAGUCUCUUUAACAGUACUUGAGGUUUGUUCCUGUUACUUAGAUGCUGCAGCUUUGUUUUAGGAAGAUGCAAGUGUUGGUUCUUGAAUACGUUUGUAAAUUGAGACAUUUUCCAGCUGCUUUUCACGCUAGGUGUCAGUGUUAACAUACCUGUUCUGUAAUCUCAGGUGUAGUCUUUCUAUUGUCCUUGUGGAUACACCUGUAUUUAGUUCUCAGUUACAACUUAUGGUCAAAAGGUCAAGACAGUAAUAGCAAAUAAUGAUUUGUAUGUUGACCCUUAAUGGUCUGUAAAUAUUUAUCUUGUGAAAAUCCUUAUCUUUUUGCCCUCGAUUGCACCAAGUAAACCCGGAAGAACCAGCUUUGUCCUUGUUAAAAUGUCUGCUGCAAUCUUUUCAAUACCCAGAUUUCUCUUUCAUCUUAGUUUUGACUAAAAUGAGCUUGAAAAUCUGAAAGAUAAUAGAUGGAUGGUAACUGCAUCAUUCAAAAUUAAAUCCACUGAGGUCAUCCCAGUUGGGCUUUCAUCUCUCAAACUGUAAAUAAUUAGCUGACUAGCAGUAAUUCAUAAGCUGUCUCAUAAGGUCAUUUGUUAAUGUGUUACUUGAGCAUAUUGUGAGAUUAUUCAAAGGCAUGUGGCUAUUUGCCUUGUUUCUUUUUUUUUAAAUUGCCUGUGUUUCAUCUGAGGCUUUGUAAUGCUGACCAUAAUGUAAAUAUCCUAGUGGUUGAAACUGAUCGUGGGUAUCAGGAGGUGGGGUCACUUCUCUGCCUGCAGCUGUAACAGUAACCACAGCCAAUCUUCUUGGAUAAAAAGCCUCAGUGAAGGUAUUGUGUUUAGUAAUAACAAACAGUGUGACAUGAUGAGCAAUGGAGUAAACACUGCUCUUUUUAUCUCUUUGGCUUCUGUAGAACCUAUUAUUCUUUUACUCUAUAAAUUAACAGUUGUGUAUUUACAUUCUUUUUAGUGUAUUUUUAUUUCAGGAUUUUAGCUGUGAGUAUAUUUGUUACACUGUCCUCUCUUCAAUAAUACCUCUGUGCAAGAGAGGAGAAGCUGCCAAGUUUGGUAUUUUGGAGACCUUUAACUCAGAGGAGGCAGCAGUUGAGUUUGAGGCCUAAGGGUUUACUGAAAUAAAGCUGCACAUAUGCAGAAGUUGUUGCUGCUGUUGAUGUGAACACUCUUGCCAAUGAUGUUUAUAAGCACAACUUUCCCAACACGCCAUUAUGGGCAAAGACUAUUGAGGGCAUAACACUGCAGGAGUUUGACAGAUUAUCUUUUGAUAUGAUUUUGAUGAGUCCUCCCUGUCAGCCAUUUACAAGAAUUGGCCUGCAAGGUGAUGUAGCCGAUCCACGGACAAAGAGCUUUCUCUAUAUCCUUGAUAUUCUCCCAAGGCUUCAGAAGCUUCCAAAAUACCUACUCUUAGAAAAUGUUAAAGGAUUUGAAUCCUCUUCUGCAAGAAAUGAACUUUUGCAAACACUAACAACAUGUGGAUUUAAAUAUCAGGAAUUUCUCUUAUCUCCAACUUGUCUUGGCAUUCCCAAUUCUAGGCUGCGGUAUUUUCUAAUUGCGAAGCUUCACCACGAACCGUUUUCCUUUCAGUCUCCUGGCCAAAUAUUGACAAGAUUCCCAGAUCAGGAUCCAGAAGAUUUACUCAAGGAAAAAGUUGCCGACAAAGUGGGUGAAACCAGUUUUUCUUUGUCCUCUGAGGAGAAGAAUCUGGAUCCAAAUAUUGGUCCAGAUUGCAGCAGCAAGAAGAAUUUACCAAAAGGGGCCUUUCUAUUUAAGCUUGAAACAGUAGAAGAAAUGGAAAGGAAAUGUGAUCAGGAUAAUGAUUCCUCUAUUCAAAUGCUAAAAGACUUCUUGGAAGAGGAAAAUGAAGAAAUGAGUCAGUAUUUCUUACCACCAAAGUCCUUAUUGCGCUAUGCUUUCUUGUUAGACAUUGUUAAACCCACCUGCCGGAGAUCCACAUGCUUUACAAAAGGGUAUGGACAUUAUGUAGAAGGGACAGGCUCAGUUCUGCAGACAGCAGUAGAUGUAGAGCUUGAAUCAGUGUUUAAGCAUAUUGACAACUUACCAGAAGAAGAGAAGCUUAUGAAAUUGUCAACACUAAAACUGAGGUACUUUACCCCAAGAGAAAUAGCAAAUCUUCAUGGAUUCCCUUUGGAAUUUGGUUUUCCUGAAAAGGUAACAGUAAAGCAAUGCUAUCGUCUUCUGGGAAACAGCCUCAACGUACACGUGGUGGCAAAAUUGAUCUCCAUUCUACUUGAAUAAUUUAGAACUUGAAUCUGAUGCAUAUGGACUGGUGGCAGAAAAUACUUCUAUCUUUCAGGAGAAAGCUGAUGGAAGCUGGGCAAAAACCAGAGCUUACCAAGAUAUUUGUCUAGACAUUUUGCUGAACAGUUUUGAUAUAUUUUUAAUAACUUGUAUUCAUGAUGGAUUUGAACUCUAUAGGUGUUUUAUUUAAAUGGAAGUUUACAUGACUUAUUUGCAUUAUUUAAAUAAUAUUUUUUAGUUUGCAAAAUGAAAAAGAGCAGUAUAUGCAAAUAUUUGAAUGAAAAAAGAUAAGACUAUUUUAUUUCAUUUUAUCUUAAAACCAUUUUCUCAGUACUGUGUGCAACUGUUUCAAAGCUGUUUUAAUUAGGUACAGAGAUCAAGUUCUACAUGAAAAAUGUCUUCAUCUUUAAAUGUAAAUUAUCUCUUCUGAAAAGAUUUACUCUAUAUAUAAUCUGAAAUUUUGAUGUGAUUUUUGUAGCUCAUGAAACUAUUAAAUUCAGUAUUUUGUAUAAAAUUUUUAAGAUACAGUGUUGUCCUUUAUGGUUGUCUCAUCUUCUUUAAAUACUUGUAAGAUUCUGGAACCCAACUGUAUCUGUCUGGAAUGAUUUGUUUAGGUGCAGCUGAAUAAAAAUAUUUCAAGAUUA